AUGGCCCGCAGCUUCUGGACUCUAGCCGUGGCAGCCGGCCUGCUGGCCACCUCCGCCGCCCUCUCGCCCCAGGACAUCCCCUCAGACGUCCCCGUCGCCGACCUCCUCACGUCGGCACAGACUCACCUCGUCCAGGGCCAGACCAGCGAGGCCCUCGUGUACUACGACGCCGCCAUCGCCCGCGACCCCUCCAACUAUCUGUCCCUCUUCAAGCGCGGCGCCACCUACCUGUCGCUCGGCCGGACGAACCAGGCGACCGAGGACUUCAACAAGGUCCUAGCCAUCCAACCCAACUUCGAGGGCGCCCAUGUCCAGCUGGCCAAGAUCAAGGUCAAGACGGCAGACUGGGACGGCGCCAGGGCCGAGUACGCGGCGGGAAAUAAAGGUCCGGACUCGGAGGAGGUGAAGGAGCUGGAGGAGGCGAGCGGCGCGGCCAAGCUGGCGCAGGAGGCCGAGAGCGCGAAGAAGUGGGAGGACUGCGUCAACCACGCCGGCGCGGCCAUCAUGGUCGCCAGCCGGGCGGCGUCCCUGCGGUCCCUGCGGUCGCGGUGCCGGUUCGAGCGGGGUGAGGUGGAGGAAGGCCUGGCCGACAUGCAGCACGUCCUCAGCCUGCGGCCUGGCGAUACCGGCCCCCAUGUUACCAUCUCGGCGACGACCUUCUACGGCCUGGGAGAUCUGGAGAACGGGAUCUCUCAGAUUAGGAAGUGCCUGCACUCUGAUCCUGACUCGAAGGUGUGCAAGAAGCUGCAUAAGAAUGAGAAGGCGAUCCAGAAGGCGUAUGAGAAGAUUCAGGCGAAUCUGCAGCGGGGUCAGACAACCACGGCUGGAAGAGCGCUGGUUGGGACGAGCGAGGACAGAGGUCUUAUUCCCAAGAUCAAAGAACAGUUCGAGGAGCUCCGUCAGGACGGCAGCAUUGUCGGGAUGACCAGGUCGAUCCUAUAUGACAAUGCCGUGGAGGCAGCGUGCCAGGCGUACACUGAAUCAAACCAUAGAGAUGUUGAGAAGUACUGUGACGAAGCACUGCAGCUCAACCCUAGCUCAUUCUGGGGUCGCAUGCAGCGAGGCAAGGCCCUCCUGAAGAAGGAAGAGUACGAGGCGUCCAUCAGGAUCCUCCAGGAAGCCGCCGAGUCGCGACCCGACAUGCGCGAUAAGGUCAACCCCCUCCUCCAAAAGGCCCAGGUCGCCCUAAAGCGGAGCAAGACCAAGGACUACUACAAGGUCCUGGGCGUCGACAGCGACGCCGACGAGCGCCAGAUCAAGGCUGCCUUCCGCAAGGCCUCCAAGAUCUACCACCCGGACAAGGCGGUCAAGUCCGGCCUCACCAAGGACGAGGCCAUGAAGAAGAUGAUCGAGGUCAACGAGGCGUACGAGGUCCUGAGCGACCCGGAGCUGCGCGCCCGCUUCGACCGGGGCGACGACCCCAACUCCCCCGAGCAGCAGCGCAACCCCUUCCACGGGAGCCCCUUCAACUUCCAGGGCGGCGGCCACCCCUUCGGCCAGCAGUUCCAGUUCCAGCAGGGCGGCUUCUCCUUCAAUUUCUAG